CACCAUUAACCUCGACCACGAGCAUCAAAGUCAUGGCUUUAGUCGGCACUCUACUCUUCUGCACCGAUUGCGGAAACCUGUUGGACAGGGAACCCCCCAACUUAAAGAAAAUCACGUGCAAGGUCUGCCAAUGCAACAAUUCGAACAGGUGGCCUUUGACAACCCAAACGAGUUCCAGACCUGACGCCUUUCCAUCAACUCUCCAGCGAAAGCAUCACGGAAAAAUCCAGACAGUCGACCCAAACGAUGCGGAUUCUUGGCCAAAAACAUCUCAAACUUGUCCUCGUUGUGAUAAUCCCGAAAUGUACUUCAGAGAAAUGCAACUUCGCGGGGCGGAUGAGGGGUCUACCAUUUUUUAUCGCUGCACUAAAUGCGACUACAUGUCUCGAACCGAUAAUUAAUUAGCCCAUGAACCAUAGAUGCAAGCAACGGUUUCGCCAGAAAUUGAUACACUUCAUAAAGCCGUCAAGAAGGGCUGUUAGAUAGAAACCAAAAAUUCGCGCCGGCGAGGCCCGUGACGUCAAAACCUAUCCAAAUGUGAUUCGGCAAAAGGACGAAAGGCCUAAGAGUACCUCUUUCUCAAAGGUUUAACGGUUGAGUUUAGUUAUGGAUUUCAGCAUAUUCUACUUCUUUGUGUUGGCAAGUCUAAUAAUCGGUUUGUACCCCAUCAAUGUCGAUAUUGCACAUGUGAAAGUGUCCUUCAGUCUGUGUAGCCCUUUCAUACUGUACCUCUUUCUAGCAUAACGCUCUAAGAAAAAACAGAAAAGAUGCAUUUGCUCCAUGCACAAUUCGACAGAAGAAUCUUGG